UAAUAGACUCUAUGACUACGCGUCACGUUUUGUGUACAGUCAAUACAUUUGUGCUACUGUUUGUACGGUUAUGGCACGGUUUGCAUCCUUAUAUUCAUGAACAUAGGAACCACAAAAUCUGAUCACACAGACAAAUUCUUUGCGUAACUGUACAAGUGGUAAUGAGUGGUGGUCACAAUCGACCAGUGCAACAGUUCGCCAUUCGAGUAGUUUUUGUGUUUUUAAAAACGGUAUUGGGUUUUUGUGAGAAUCGUAUUUGAUUGACAUGGAUGUAAAACAGCAGGAUAAUGGACAAGUACAAACUCAAUUCGAUGUGAGCAAAAUAUGUCGCACGUGUCUAACAGCAAAAGGAGAAAUGCGAUCUGUUUUUCAAACCGAUGAUUCAAUCGGUCAAACUAGAUUAGCAGAAAUGAUAAUGGGCUUUACAAAUAUACAGAUUACUUCCGAAGAUGGUCUCCCGCCUGUAAUAUGUGUUCAGUGUGUACAUCAAGUUAGUCGUGCUUAUUCCUUCAAACAACUUUGUGAACAAUCUGAUAGUAGUCUGCGACAAUAUUUGGGUAAACCUUUGAUUAGUAAUAAACCAGUUAAACAAGUAAGUGAGAAUCAACAGAACACAGAUUUUUAUGCUUCUGCUCUACUUUUGGAUAAUUUUGGGUUGGAUGACUCUUCUAAUGAUAGUGAUGAUUCCUUUAAACAAGAUUUUCCAUUUUUGGAAACACCGGCCGUUAUUUCAUCAACAGAUGAAAAAAUUAUAGCACAGAGACAGCUUUUGGUAUCAACUAAACUGAGUAAAGGAAAACUAUCUAAAAAGAAACUAUUGGCCAAAAUUUCAGUAAAACCAGGUGUUAUAAAGCAGUUGAAACGUAAUUGUCAUCAGUGCAAUGUUUGUAAAAAGCAAUUUAUUAAUCUCAAAUCAUUUCGUAAGCAUCUAAGAACACACAUAGAAGAUAGACCUUAUAAAUGUAAACUUUGCCCACGGGGUUUUACAGAAGAAAAUUAUUUAAACAAUCACAUGAGGACACAUAUGCCUGAUGAACAAAAGCCACAUGAAUGUGAAAUAUGUAAAAAAAGAUUCAUUCAUGCCACUCUUCUAAACAAACAUAUGCUUAAGCAUACUGGAGAGAAACCGUUUGUCUGUAAGAUUUGUAACAAGGGAUGUUAUGCUGAAAAUAGUCUAUUGAAGCAUAUGAAAAUACAUGAAAAGAAAGAAGGUGAUCCUGCAUUACUCAAACAUAUCUGUGACUACUGUAGAAGUGAGUUUCCUGAUGCAACAACUUUAGAUGCUCAUAUUAAACAGCACACUGGAGAUCGACCUUUUCUAUGUACUGUUUGUGGAAAAUGCUUUCCCCAACGUUUCAAUUUGGAUCUACAUUUACGAACUCAUACAGGUGAAAGGCCAUUCACUUGCGAAAUAUGUAAAAACGGUUACGUUUCGAAAGCGAGUUUAAAGAUUCAUUUAAGAACUCACACAAAUGAACGACCCUUUGUUUGUGACUUUUGCGGAAAAGCUUUCAGACAGUCGGGGGACUUAACAAGUCAUAAAAGAUUGCAUGGUACUGAAAAACCAAUAGAAUGUUCGGUUUGUCAUAAAAGGUUUACUACAGUAAUGAAGUUGAAGUAUCAUAUGCGAAACCAUACAGGAGAGAGGCCUUACGUCUGUAGUGUUUGCGGCCGGGGCUUCACCGUUAAUACGAUUCUUUUAAGACAUAUGAGAGUUCAUUCGGGAGAGCGACCAUACGUAUGUGUUACAUGUGGAAAGGCCUUUUCACAAUCUAGUACUUUAAAUACUCACAUGAAGGUUCACGCCCCAUCUCCUAAAUAUACUUCUCAAGACAACACCAAACCGCGUUUGACGCAAUACGAGGUAUCAUCAAACGAACAAAAAUAUACCAGUGUCGUAGAUCAUCAGGCAGCCGUUUCGGCUCGUCUCAUGCAACCGAACGACAAUCGAAUGUUACAGCAUGAUGCACAGCAACGCAUGCUACAACAGCAGCAACAACAGCAACAAGAAAAUAGGAUGCUAGCAAGUGACGCUACUAGAAUGCUAUCGGACACCGUUCAUUUGCUCACGGACAAUCGAACAGGUUUGAUAGAUGAGCAUUCGGAACGAAGUCUCUUGAGUCACGUGGUUGAUCCACCCCGUCUUCUUGUUAAUGAUACUGCUCGGUUGCUCUCGACAAAUGAUUCUCGUCUAUUACCGAACAUUAACGACAAUACGCGACUGUUGACGAGCGUAACUGAUAAUCGACUGCUCGCAAAUGAUAACACGCGACUGUUAACUAAUGAAAACGCUCGCCACUUAGCGGUAAUAGAAAACUCGAGACUUCUCACCGAUAAAUACUUAACGAAUUACGAUCCAUACCACCGGGGUCAUCUAUAAAACUGCAUAUCAUCUAUAUGAUUUUUUGAAUGAAUGUGAAAGUAUUUUCUAAUAAAUAUGAUAAUAUAGAUAUUACCACAUUAACUUCAUUAAUAUCUUCAAUAUACAAGAGUAUUUUAAAUUUUAAGAACCAAAAGGAAGUCUAAAACUGAAAAGUAUUUUUAAUAAUGUGAACAAAUUUUA